GAAUUCACAUGGGGUAUACUUCUUCUGUUACUGGAAAAAAAAAGCAAGCCUUGCUUUUUUAUCCAGCCACUAUUUUUGCAGAUGGGGGAAAAUAUGAACGUGUUCUCACCAUUCCCCAUACAUUUGUACAGCACUGCUUUUUGCUUUUCAAAAAUAAAGCAGCAGGUCUCCUAGCAUGUUUCAAUAAAAUGGAUACUGAAUUCAGGGCAAAACAGCUCAAGGAAGCGAUUACAGUACUUUAUUUUAAAAGUACGGUAGGUCAAUUCCUGUCUGAGUAACUUUCGGAUACAUGCACUUGAAUGCCCAGAAUUUCUCAGCCAUAUUUGGUCACUGCUGAGAAUUCUGGGAGUUGAAGUCUGUAAGUUGCCUAGGUUGGGAAAUACCGAAUCAAACCCUGUAUCCUGAUUUGAGCCUCAUACUAUUUGAAACUCCCCACGUCUUCAAUGAAUGGAUGUAUUAUUUUCUCAGCAAUUCCCUUCGAUCCCGGAACUUUAUUCCGCACAGUGUAAACAUUACCCACAGUGUAAACAAACAUUUAGUGUAUAAAAAACAAAACAAAACCCACACCGAACUUUUCCGUGUACAUCCGAAUGUCCAAGUGAGCGAACCAGCGCGCUCACGAAAGCAUUAUUGCGCACACAUGAUGAACCUAACAGAGGCGGGAAAAGCGGCGACAGGCAUAUACGCUCCGGCAGGAAACCCACUGAUUUGAAAUACACGAAAGUUUAUUUCACCGAGACGGGGCGUAUAUCACACAAAGCUCAGGCUUGCAAAACGUCGCAAAAGAAGAGAGAGAAAAAAAGAGACAGGCUGAUGAUGUCCGCGCCUGGACCAUCAACUCGAUCUUCUUCUCCUUCCGAGGCGCACGAACGCCCGCGCUGAAGACAAGUGGAAGAAGUUGGGGCAAUCAAGCGGGGCGGUGGUGGGGAAGCCUACUCUUUCCGGCCAUCGCAUCUUGGAAGCCGCGAGGAGGGAAGGUGGGCGGUAAAUGCUGUACCUCCCCCUCCCCCGGCGCUUGCGGUGGCGAAGGCGGUUUGAAGCUGCUGUUGCAGUUUUUCUGGUCCGAGGCAGAAGCUGCCUGCCGCCCCCGAAACCUCCCACGCGCGGCAGCAGCUCAGAGCCGCUGCCGCCGCCGUUCCAUUGUGAAUCCGGCGGCGUGGGAGGCAAUUCCGUGCCAAAGGCUCAGCGCAAAGGCGCGCAGAGGGAAGGGAGCGGAGGAGGAGGGGGGGCGGACAGAGAAGCUCCGACGGAGGGACGCAGAAGACCAUCGAAGCUGGACAAGGGUGCUGCGUUGGGAGCUCCGCUCCUUCUAGGUCUGCCCUUCCGCAGAGAGCCAGCAGAAGGGGCGGCCACCAGCCAGGCUUCGGAGGCCUUGGGUCCAUGCUUGACGGGCACAUCGGUGAGGCUGCGAAGAAAUCCACUGGCGCGGCAACUGGCAAUGGCGUUGUUGCUGCCCCGCACCCUGGGCGAACUGCAGCUCUACCGCGUCCUCCAGCGAGCCAACCUCCUCUCCUACUAUGAGACCUUCAUCCAGCAGGGCGGCGAUGAUGUGCAGCAACUGUGCGAGGCUGGUGAGGAAGAGUUCCUGGAGAUCAUGGCUCUGGUUGGCAUGGCGACCAAGCCACUCCAUGUCCGGCGACUCCAGAAGGCUCUGCGGGAGUGGGCAACCAAUCCUGGUCUCUUCAACCAGCCGGUGCCCUCCAUACCUGUGAGCAGCAUACCACUCUUCAAAAUCUCCGAGUCCGGGAGCCAGAAAUCACUCACCAAUGGACACACCAGUCCAGGAGAGAUCCCUGGCAAAACCAGUGCCACUUCCCCUUCCAAAAGUCCCUCCGAGCCACGAGAGAAGCUGUCCCCCUUGUCAGCCAUGCAGUGGGGGAACCCUGAGUCUGAAGAAGAAGGAGGGGUAACCUCACCCAGCGAGACCCCAUCGUCCACUGAGCAUCUCGAUCCAGAGCUGGCCCAUGCAGUGUCAGAUGGGGUGGAUCGCCUGCUGCGCAGCUGUCCGCGCAGUGGAGAUGUGGAGUUGAAGACCCUCCUGAAGCUGAAUAAGAAGUUGGCCAAAACAGUAGGGCAUAUCUUCCAGAUGGACAAUGGAGACCCUCGGAAGGAAGAAGAGAUCCGGCGUCACAGUGCCAUCUAUGGCCGGGGUGAAACUCGGCGAUGUGAGGGCAAACAGCUCACCCUUCAUGAGCUCACAAUUAACGAGGCUGCUGCUCAGUUCUGUCUGCGAGACAAUUCAUUGCUGUUGCGUCGUGUGGAAUUGUUCUCGCUGUCACGUCAGGUGGCUCGGGAGAGCAGCUACUUAUCUUCACUGAAAGGUUCCAGACUGCGUCCAGAUGAAAACUGUGGUGGACAAGCUAAGCGCUUCAAGCAAGAGGUUGCAGAACACAGCCGCCACGAGCUUCCCUUGGUCUGUGAACCCUUCCUUCCUCCAUACCGAUCCAGCGUAGAAGAAGACACAGCCAGCUUGUCUGGGGAAAGCUUAGAUGGACAUCCACAAGCUACUGGGUCUUGUCCCCGGCUUACGCCACCCCCCAACACCGCUUCUGAUGCACUGCUGAGUCUCCCGCCACAUGGGCUAUGGAGUCGUCACAUCCUGCAGCAGACACUGAUGGAUGAAGGGCUGCGAUUGGCCCGGCUGGUGUCCCAUGAGCGAGUGGGAAGGCUCAGUCCAUGUUUGCAAGGAAAACCCCAGAUGCCUGAGUUUGGGGAAACACUUUCUGAGAGAUGCCAGGCUCCAGCAGCACAGCCUGAGGCUAGAAGAAACAGCAUUAAGAUGGAACCAGACACCAGCCGGCAGUGAACAGCAGAGGCAGCCUUGCUCAGCCAUUAAGCAAUAAUACUCCAGCCAACUCUGAGCUUUAGACAGGGAGGCUAUCCUCUGUAUCACCCUGUGUGGGGCCUGUGGGACUUCCUUGCAGAAGGCGAGCUGUUAUAUUAACACAACCAACUCUUCACCCUGUUCUCUUCAUGAAAUGGAGAGCAUGCUUUGACUCCCAAACAGAAGAGCAUGGACCUAUGGACAGCGAAUCAUGUAGGAAGCUCUGCCAUCUUAAUUUAACUCAGCAAGAAAGGGGUACCCUGGCUACAGUUGAUAGAAUGAGCUCAGGUAGACCAAAUCUCUGGCCCUCUGAUGGACUAAUGGAAGGUCAGACUUACCCACAGCCUUUCCUCCCACAUGAGACUUGAAACUGAGGGGUACAUAGCCAUAAACAAGCACAUAAAUAUCCUGUACAUAUUUUAUUGAAAGGCAUAUAAGUGAUUGGCCAUAAACACAUCUUGUUCCCAAAUCGUCCCCAGCCUCUCAACCACACGCAUACACGUGAAACAUGUUUGUUGCUGCCCUUCAGUCUUUGUCACAGAUGUUCCCUAUAUGCGCAGAACCUGCUUCUCCAGGACUGUUUGUAACACACACACACACACACACACACCCUGCAAACCAUUUUGCAAAUUGCCAUAGAAAGGAUAAUUCUUCAUGUGACAGAAGGAAAAAAAAAUGUAUCAAAGACACAGGAGGUUACUAUGCUAUCUGUAUAACUAAACAAAAUUUGUAAAUUGAAUUAAUUUCAGUUUUUGUGUCCCCUCCCCUCCACUGGAAUAUGGUCCCAAAAGUCAUUUUUAAGCCCAAGGAUGUGUCUCAGACCAGGAGAACUGGGCAUCUUAAUGCCACACAUUUUGCCCAUCCCCAGAAUUUUCCUGUUUUUUUUUUUAUCGUGUAUACAAUAUUGAAAAUAUUCUCAUUACUUCUGUUGCCUGUUGACUUUAUAUUGUGGUUAACCAUCAAAAGCAUUAAUUGUUGUUCAGCUGAGUUUGGAUUGUUUGGAGGUAUUUUGUUUCCUAAUGGCUCUAGAGAGGCUAGAACAGGGGUAGGCAACCUUGGCUCUUUUAUGACUCGUGGACCAACUCCCAGAAUUCCUGAGCCAGCCAUGCUGAGGGGAAAGGGAAAGUUUCCAAGCUGAGCCAUGCUGGCUCAGGAAUUCUGGGAGUUGAAGUCCACGAGUCAUAAAAGAGCCAAGGUUGCCUACCCCUGGGCUAGAUGCUUACCCCAUUAAAAUAUUGAACUGUGCCAUUUGGAUAUGGGCACACCAGCAACAGCUUCCUCCACACUAAGAUGCAUCACAACAGCAGCUUUGUGUACAGGUAGUCCUCAACUUACGACCACAAUUGAGCCCAAGAUUUCUCUUGCCAAGCGAGAAAUUUAUUAAGUAUUUUGCCUCAUUUUAUGACUUUCCUUGGCACAUCUGUUAAGUGAAUCGCUGCAGUUGUUACAUUAGAAACACAGUUGUUAAGUGAAACCUGGCUUCCCCAUUGACUUUGCUUGUCAGAAGGUCUCAAAAGUGGUGAUCCCAUGAACCCCCCAAGCACUGCAGUUCGUCGUAAAUACAAGAGUUUCCAAGGGUCCAAAUUUUGAUCUUGGAGAUGCUGCAAUGGAGAUGCCUUUGUAACUUCGAACGGUCACUAAAUGAACUACCUUUACUGUAUCAGAACUACUGACACAGGGAGGUGAAUUAUCCCUUUUUUACCAGAACACGGUGAAUUUAUAAAGGACCGAACCAAAGGGGGGGUGUCUUGCUGAGAGUCACGUUCCCCCAUUUGCUGUCAGUGCUCCCUACUCCUAUCUUAAGGCUCCUCACUCCUAUUCUUGGAGCUUAUUUAUAAAGGUAAUCCUCAACUUAACAAGCACAAUUGUGACCAGAAUUCCUCUUGUUAAGCAAGGUAGUAGUUAAAGGAGUCCGGCCCGAUUUUAUGAUUUUUUUUUUUUGCUGAGGUUUUAAGCAAAUCACUGCAGUGAAAUGAAUCCGGCUUUCCUCCCCCCUCCCAUUCACUUUGCUUGUUGGAAGACAGCUGGGGAGGUCACAGAUGGUGAUCACGUAACCUGCCCCACCCCCUCUUGCUGCAACCAUCAAAUACAUAUAUAUAUGCCGAUUUCCAAGUGCCAGAAUUUUGAUCACAUGACUGUAGGGAUGCUAUAACAGUUGUAAGUUCAAGGACUGGUUGCAAGUCACUUUGUUCGGUGCCAUUUUAACUGUUGCUUAAACGAAUGGCAUUAUGUCAAGGACCACCUGUACUUUUCUUCCCGAUCCCUUUACUUUCCUGUAAGCAGGAAGAGGAGUGAACAGCAAAGAGGAAACCGAUGUCAUCAUAGCCAGAAGCGGACGAGCUGAUCUCUUAACUACUUGCAGAAAAUAAAAGAUCCUGCACGGAUCUUCCAUUUUGAAGGCGUUGCCUAGAACAGGGGUGUCAAACUCAAUUUCAUUGAGGGCCGCAUCAGCAUUGCUUUUUCCCUCGGGGGGCCGGGUAUGGCCAGGGUGGG